AGCGUGAGGGGGGCGUUUGGGAUAGUUUGACGUGCUUUCCCUGCUUGUGUGUGUGUGUGUGUGUGUGUGUGUGUGUGUGUGUGUGUGUGUGUGUGUGUGUGUGUGUGUGUGUGUGUGUGUGUGUGUGUGUGUGUGUGUGUGUGUGUGUGUGGUCAUACUUUCACUUUUGCGCGUCGCUGUUCCGCGUCCCUGUUCGUCUCACUCCGGAGCCUCUCAGUCUGGUUCGGUUCUCAACGGAGACGCACAAGGUUUGGAUCAGGUUCGGAUCAGGUUUCUUCUCAUCUAACCGGAGCGGCUCUCCAGUGUCACCCGAACCGAUGACUGCGUUCACCAGGCGAGACAGGACAUGCCCCCUGUCAGUAAUGUGGUAGAGCCCUGGUCCUAACUGCCACCAUCGUCCUCUUCGCCCCCCCCCCCCCCACCCCCCACCUACCAAGAUGUCCUCCUCAUGCGGCCCCCCCGCCCUGCUCCACCUCCAGGAGGUGGGCUCCCCCAGGACCUCGGAGUGCGUCGGGGCCCCCCUCUACGGGCCCCCGGGGGGCCUGGGCCCUCACACCGUCUGCAUCCCCUCGCCGUACGCGGACUGCAGCCAGGACUACGCCCCGCCCCCCCACGGAGCCCUCACCUUCUACGGCUCCUCCCUCAUGGCCUACGAGCGGCAGCCAAUGGGAGAGCCGGGCUCCGGCUCCGCACCGCCCCUCAGCCCCUCCCUCUUCUGGCCGACGCAGACCCCCCACCAGGAGAUGACGUCGCUGGCGCUGCACGGCGCGCCCCACCCCCCGCCGAUGUACGGGGAGCCCCCCGCCGAGGGCCAGCUUGGGGGGCCCUGGGUGGAGGCCAAGCUCCUGGGGCUGGGCUCCAACAGAUCGCUGCUGUCGUCCAAUAAGAUGGCGGGGAAGCGGCAGGAGGAGAGGCCGCUGGGCGGGUCCGGGGGGCGCGCUGACAUGCACUUCUGCGCCGUGUGCCAGGACUACGCGUCCGGGUACCACUACGGGGUGUGGAGCUGCGAGGGCUGCAAGGCCUUCUUCAAGCGGAGCAUCCAAGGACAUAACGACUACAUCUGCCCGGCCACCAACCAGUGCACCAUCGACAAGAACCGCCGGAAGAGCUGCCAGGCCUGUCGCCUCCGGAAGUGCUACGAAGUGGGCAUGAUGAAGUGUGGGGUGAGGCGCGAGCGCUGCAGCUACCGCGGCGCACGCCAGCGCCGCGCCGCGGGCGUGGACCCGGCGGCGGCGGCGGCGGCGGCAGCAGAGGGAGCGGGAGGGGGGGGCGGCCGGGGCGAGGCCCUGGUGGGGCUGGGGGCCCAGCAGGGGGGGCUCCACCUGACGGGCCCCCUGCUGUCCUUCCUGCCCCCCCUGGGCCAGGCGGAGCACCGCGACCCCCCCGCGAUGAGCCCGGAGCAGUUCAUCAGCUGCAUCAUGGAGGCGGAGCCUCCGGACAUCUACCUGAGGGAGGACCUGAAGAAGCCCUUCAACCAGAGCAGCAUGAUGACGUCACUCACACACCUGGCCGACAAGGAGCUGGUGCUCAUGAUCAGCUGGGCCAAGAAGAUACCUGGCUUUGUGGAGCUGAGUCUAGCCAAUCAGAUCCAGCUGCUGAAGUGCUGCUGGCUGGAGGUCCUGAUGCUGGGCCUGAUGUGGAGGUCCGUGGACCACCCCGGGAAGCUCAUCUUCUCGCCAGACCUCAAGCUCAACAGGGAGGAGGGGAGCUGCGUGGAGGGCAUCAUGGAGAUCUUUGACAUGCUGCUGUCGGCCACGUCCCGCUUCAGGGAGCUCAAUCUGCAGAGGGAGGAGUACGUGUGUCUGAAGGCCAUGAUCCUCCUCAACUCCAACAUGUGCACCAGCGUCCCUGAGACGGUGGAGGAGGUUGAGAGCCGCGGCCGGCUGCUACGGCUGCUGGACCUGGUGAUCGACGCGCUGGUCUGGGCCAUCUCCAAGCUGGGCCUCUCCACCCAGGAGCAGACCCUGCGUCUGGGACACCUCACCAUGCUGCUUUCUCACAUACGCCACGUCAGCAACAAAGGCAUGGACCACCUGUCCACCAUGAAGAGGAAGAACGUGGUGUUCGUCUACGACCUUCUCCUGGAGAUGCUGGACGCCAACACCUCCACCUCCACCUCCAGCGGCGAUCCCAUGACCUCCCCGUCCUCCACCUCUGACGCCUCCUCCCACCAGCCCACUGGGCUGGACCAGCAGGGCUCGGGGGAGUCCGCCAUGAGCACCAGCCCCGAGCAGAGCACCCUCCUCAGUCACACCCAGGACCAGGCCCCGUCCCUGGGGUCCCAGCUCCUGGACCAACCCCCCCAGGGACCUCCUCCACCAGAGCCCCUGGGAGCCUGCCCCGCUAUGGAGGGAGACGGGUUCAUCCACGGGAUGCAGUGGCCGGGAGCGGAGCCUCCACUGGGGGCGGAGCCUGACUACAGUCUGGGUGGGGCCCAGGCCAUGGAGACCAUCUGAGGAACGGGUCCAGGGGCAAGACCCGUUCCAGGGGGAGAAUGGCUCCGACGUAAGCUAGGAAUGAAGAGACUUGGACUGACCCAUUGCGGAACUCUUGGUGGGGUCGGCUUAGCUCAGGAGAUGGAGCAGUUGUCUUGUAACUAGGGUUGCCGCGGUGUGGACAUCUUCACACCGAGUAAUACGCUCGUGUCAACACCGGUAUUACCGGUAUAAACGGUAUUAACUUUGAAACUAUAGGUCAACCGCCAUCUUAUCCGUCAACUCUCGUCUCACACUCGGUGACAGCGGCUGGCAGCGCGCCAAUUUUCUGCGUCUUAUAACGUUCUAUAUAUAAUAGUAUAAUAUCAUUUUAUAUAUUAUAAUAUCACGGCCAAAAGCUCUGUGCGCCUCCGGAUGGCCGUAGCGCGGGGAGCUCACGUAGGGAUUGGUUUGUUUACCGGCGUUGCUAUGGUUACCGGUCUUGUAAGGAAGCGCGUCAAUUCUCGGCGCGCCAAUUCUCCCGCACAGAGCAGAACUGUGGCCUAUUCUACACAUUUAAAUGUUCUUAAUGAUAAUUAUAUUAUUCAUUUUUACUGAAUUUGUUUUUUAUUACUGAAAAAAAAGAAAGAAAAAGAACUCGGUGUACCGGUAAUACCGUAUACCGCGGCAACCCUACUUGUGACCAAAAGGUUGCUAAUUCGAUCCCCAGCUGCACCUAGCUGAGUGUCGAUGUGUCCCUGAGCAAGACACUUAACCCUAACUGCUCCUGACGAGCUGGCUAUCGCCUUGCAUGGUUGACUCUGCCGUCGGUGUGUCAAUGUGUGUAUUAACCGAUGUAAGUUGCUUUGGAGAAAAGCGUCUGCUAAAUUCCCUAAUUGUAAUUGGUGAGGUAAAUACAAUCCCUAAAAACGGACAAAAAGGGUUCAAACAGAAUGGGGUAUUCUAUGGGAAACCCCGUUGCUUUUGUGUGGUUUGAUCCAUAUGUGGUCUGUUCUCGGUCCUGUGAAUGUGAACGCAGCGAUGAUGGACCGGUCCGUCCUUCGGCUCUGUGUCAAACUGUGCUAUUUUACGAUGAUGAAAUGUGUUUGUAUUGCCCAUCACUGUACGGACCCCCCCCCCCCACCAACGAGCCAUAUGUGUCGUGGAGACCUCAGCUGAGGGUCAUUUGUAAGCGUAGUCCGUCUGCCCGUCUGUCGCUGUACGUCCUCGUGAAGCUGCCCCUCGGGGGGCUUGGUGCUGUGUGUAUCUCUACUUUGGAUCUGCUUCAUGGCGGGUCUGCUUCUCUUCUUUGUUGUUCUCAGCAGCUGUAGUCUAGGUCUGAUCCUCAGAUCCGAGCCGCUCAAGUCUGAGACACCUUAGGUCUGAGGAUCAGCUCUGAGGCUCCUCAGGUCUGAAGCCCCUCAGCUCUGAAGCCCCUCAGUUCUAAGGCUCCUCAAAUCUGAGUCCCCUCAGCUGCAGAUGUUUUUCUACUCUCCUUUCUAUGGACGCCUGAUACGUGAGACGUAAAGUGUCCUUGCUAUGACUGUUAACGGAGACUCCCUCCUGGCCAUUUGAAACUCUAAUCCAUGCUGACGCUGUUCAGCGUGCUCACGUGCGUGGCACGUGAAGGACAUUAUGUUUGAAUCUUGAAAACGCAAACGUACACCUUUAAAACCCUCUGAUACAAAGAAGUUUGAGUUCAAAUUUGUCAACCAAUAAUCAGGGCCUGUGGACUAAAGAUGUUGAGCUUUUCAAAAGGAUGAAGAACCUUAUGGCUCCGCCAUCCGACAGCAUGAACCACAACGACCGACUGAAAGGUUUGAGUUACAGGGAAGUUGGAAACGCCCUGAUGUCCGUGUCAUUAAAGAGACCCAUGCCACAUGAAGGAGAGGUGUGUGGUUAUACACCAAGUCAUAUAUGUUAUGGAUACCAUGUGUUCAAUGUAUGUAAUGUACCUGUUGUGCAACAUAUAUAUGACAUGCAUGUCUUAUGUUGUAUGAUGUAGAGCGGGAGACUCGUGUUUCACCGACCCGCCAAGUAUUCGUUAUGUUUGUUUCUCUCAAAUGUGACCACAUGCACACUCUACACACGUGUAAAGUCCUUUUUUACCAAACACACACACUUACACACACAGUUUGGAAACACACCAUGACCAAAGCAUGUUUAAUGCCUUUUUUCAGAAUGACAAUCAAUACAUCCCAUAAUAAACUGUACACCGUGCUUGUGUCUCUGCCGUGCGUGUCUGUGUUCCUCAGGCAGUGAUUGGUUGAACUUAUCGUCGUGUUACAAAAAUAUUCAAACGGCUCUAUGUGAAGGAGUCGGAUCCCUUCCUCUCACCGUACUGCAGGAGAAGUUCAUCCCAAAGGCCUUAAUGUGGAUCUGCUGCUCCUCAUCUUGCUCCUUCAUAGACCCCUGAAAGGAUCACAUUCAUUCUGCAUCUGGAGCUCGGACUAACCCAGGUUACCUCUAGAGGAGCAGAACAUCUGGACGUUCUACCAGAUUAGUGUUGGUUAGUCUAGAAGCCAAACAUCUGGACGUUCUACCAGAUAAGUGUCGGUAUACUAGGAGCCAAACAUCUGGACGUUCUACCAGAUAAGUGUUGGUAGAAUAGGAGCCAAACAUCCGGA